AUGGGCUGGAAAAUGAGCCUGGCCAUGGCAGCCCUGCUUCUGGGUCUUACGAUGGUGGUGACAGAAGACGAGGAGGAAAACGACCCGUGCGUCUACGAGGCCCUGUCUGACAAUGAUGCUGUCCUCUGCAAGGGCCUUGAGGUUUUCUACCCAGAGUUGGGGAAUGUUGGCUGCAUGUUUGUUCCUGUCUGCAACAACUAUAGACAGAAGAUCACCUCCUGGACCGAGCCCAUCGUCAAGUUCCCUGGGGCCAUGGAGGGCGCAACCUACAUGCUGGUGAUGGUGGAUCCAGAUGCCCCCAGCAGGUCUUCUCCCAAAGCCCAAUUCUGGAGACAUUGGCUGGUGACAGACAUCAAGGGCAUUGACCUAAAGAAAGGGAAGAUUCAGGGCCAGGAGCUAACAGCCUACCAGCCUCCCUCCCCACCAGCACAAAGUGGCUUCCAUCGCUACCAGUUCUUCAUCUAUCUUCAGGAAGAAAAGACCAUCUCUCUCCUUCCCAAAGAAAACAAAACCAGAGGUUCUUGGAAAAUGGACAGAUUUCUGAACCGCUUCCACCUGAGCGAACCUGAAGCAAGCACCCAGUUCAUGACCCAAAAUUACCAGGACUCGCCAAUUCUCCAGGCUCCUGGAGGAGGAAGCAGUGAGCCCAAGGACAAACCCAAGCCUACGUAA